CAGGAGAGGUGGGGGGGGUUGGGGACUCUCGGUGUUUCACCCGGAGAGAGGGCGAGAGGGAGCCGCGCGCUCUCUCUGGCCGAGGGGAGAGCGCCUAAUGGAGACGGCUGCAGCGGCCGCUGUCCGUGGUGCUGAAAUCGAACGUCGUUUAUUUUGGCUGGCGAUGAAAAGCGGUCGACUUAUUCUCGAUGGGGGCGACGAAGACGGCGGGAUAGAUGACGUAUAACGGCAGCACGAGGGCGAUUGCAGCAGUGGCGGCGGUGGUGGUGGUGGUGGUGUUACUCAUUCUUGGCGUCAGUCUUCGAUAGUUAGUGCCGGCUUCGAGAGUGAGAGAGAGGGGAAAAGCACAAUGUGCAAAAAUCGGCGACCGCCAAGUUCUCCUUGGAAUAAUAAUAAGGACCCUUUCGGCUGUUCCGCGCGGAGCUGAUCCCGAACCAAGUGGAAACCGACUCUCGGGAUUUCCUGAUUGGAACGCCAGAGGCCCCGUUUUGUAAGAGAGAGAGAGAGGAACUAAAAGGCGAGGAGGAUUAAGAAAGGCGAGGAGCGGUGGCGGAAGAAUUGGUAGAGGAUGCGUCAAAGAGCGGAGUCUGCUGCUGUAGGAGUAACAAGACCGUGAUCCAUACCCCUACCCUUUUAAGUCAUCCUCUUCCCGAACCCACCACCAUACAGCUUUCCUCAUCCAGCUACAUCAGCUCACCUCCCCCCCCCCCCCCAUCACCUUCCCCCCUCCCUGUCAUCCCAUCGGCCCCCAUCACAACAUCACCUCGCCAUCCCCCCCACCCCCCCCUUCUCCCUCCCCCAUCACCACCCACCCCCCUUCCUCCACUGUAAGCGCCAGCGUCGUCCCAAUCACGGAUGCCGAAUCUCGCUCCCGUUACGAUGAUUUUCAUGCUGCUCGGCACGUCGGUGGUGUUGGCUCUGGCGGGCAUCCUGGACACGAACGCCUUCCUGGACCGAUUCCACAACUACAUCCUGCCUCGCCUCCGCGGGGAGGACCGCGUGUGCCACUGCGUGUGCGGGAGGCACCAUGUGCACUACGUGGUGCCGUACGCGGGCGACAGCGCAGAGGUGCACAGCCCCGACGGGUACGCGGUGACUCCCGCGCUGAGUAAACAGGAGGUGGACCUGUUGCUGGGACUCACCCUGGGCCUGGGCAUCAGCUGGCUCCUCUUGUGGCUGGACCGCCGCCUCACCGACGCGCAGCUCCGCCAGCUCGCCGCCGAGGCGUGGCGAUGGCUCUCGUGCCGCUUCACCCCCAAGCGCCGCUCCGUGGGUGGCGGCAGCGGCGGCGGCGGCGGCGGCGGCGGCGGCAGUGGCCGGCGGCACCGCUACCACGCGUUCCCCCGCGAGGACGAUGACGACGACGAGGAGGACGACUCGGCGGGCGCCGGGCUGCUCGUGCCCGCCGGGGCGGGAGGAGGAGGCGGAGUCGGAGGAAUGGGAGGAGUGGGAGUGGGAGGAGUGGGAGGAGGAGGAGGAGGAGGAUUGCUGUCGCCCGCCGGGAACGCGUUAGGGCACGGCCACACACACGCCCAGCAGCAGCAGCAGCAGCAGCACGUGGGCCACGCUGGCCACGAGAACUCGAUGCACUUCAAACCGCGGCUCUGCCACCACAACGGCCACGCGGCCACUGGCAAGCGGCUCUGAGCCACGCGCCGCAGCAGCAGGAGGAGGAGGAGGAGCAGCAGGAGGAGGAGGAGGAAGAGCAGGGGGAGGAAGAGCAG